AGUAGGAGAGGUAUACACAAAACGGGCGUUCGACGAGCACUCGCCCGCCCCCGUCGGCACUGGCGUCAGUACGACCGCAGAGCGCGUGGGUGCCGGUUCGGUGUGUUUUGCGUUCGAUUCUUUUUUUUUGAUUUUCGACGGUCCAUUUUCCCCCUCAUUCGCCCCCCCCCCCCAUUUCUCGUUCACACUGCCGUCGCUGAUAUGUCGUCCGUCAUCAACGUGCGGCUCAAUGAAAAGAUGACGUUACAGUUCGUUGAGCUAUACCGGGACCAGCGGGUGCUUUGGGACAAAGAGCACGAGGCGUACAACAAGCGGACGGAAAGAUUGCGGGCGUACCGACGGAUCGCCGAGGCCAUGUCGGUCGAAGGACUGGGCGUGCCUGAAGUAGCCAGCAAAAUCAAGAAUAUCCGAUCCACGUACCUGCAGGAGCUGAAGAAGAUCAAAGACUCGGCGCAGCGACACCUGGUUCAAUCCGAGGAUGAGGUUGCCUCGUCGCCGUACGUGCCCAAGCUGCUCUGGUUCUCCAUAUUAGACUCGAUGAUCGGUGGCGCAGCCGUCAAACGCCUGUACUCGUCACCGUCCACCGCCGACAUGCUGUCCAUAGAUUAUGCUGACGACAGCAGUUGCCCUACAGGAUCCAAUAAUUACAGCACCCCAUAUGAUUACAGCUCAUCGUACGUUAGUGACUCGGCCGACCCAAUCAAGAGACCAUCGUCUUCGUCAUCAAUGGCUGAUGAAGCGCCUCCCGCCAAGAGGCUGAUGUACGAACGACAGCAGUCGUCCGCUGAGCUAUUCUCCAGAUACAUCGCCACCUCGUUGGAAGCUCUGCCGCCGCGGCUGUCAGUGCAGGCACAAAAAGAAGUACAUGACGUCCUGGUCAAGUACAAGUUUUUGGAAUUGGACCAACUAGAGCAAAAGCGUUGACGACGACAGUCCAUCAAACUAAUAAAUAUAUUUAGUUUCGAGAAAAAAUCGUCUCGAAUAUACCUAUACAAAUUGUGUUAUUUUUCCAGCGGCUCGUAAUCAAUGACGAAUCAUUGCAAAUUGUUCUCUAUUUCAACGUGACAUUUUUCUGGACCAAAAAUAUGAUUUUUUUUUUUAUUGCGAAACGGCGAAAGAUUAAUAUGUAAAAUGUUGUUUAGAAUUUAAAAUAAUAAACCUUUCUAUAUGCGUCGUGUUUACCCGUUUUCUGCGCGCACGUCGCAAGUCCCGAGCACAUUAUUAUAAUACGUAUUGCGCACCUACUUAUACCAUACAUGGCCGUCUGCCUGCCAGGUGUUCAGAAAAUAUUAACAAUAAUUUUAAACCGUAUACUAUCGAGAACAAACGGUUUAAUUCAGCGUUGGGAAAACAUACAUUGCGGGUACGUACCUACUAUUAUUUUUAAAUAUUUGUAGUGAGUAAUACUUUUAUUUGUUAUCGUUUUGUUCGUCGUUCGUAUAAUAUUUCUUCGCUUGGCAUUUCGAUUUCUUCGAAAUGCAUAAAUAUAAAGAUUGCUCGAACAGUCACCCUCUUCAAAGUUAUCGCGCACAGUUCUAUAUUAUAGAUCCGGAGUAUUCGAAGAAUUUUUUACCGAGCAUCCGAGCCGAGGUGUGACUUAAGGCGACGCUAAAAAUAUCCAUUAUUACGCAAAUUGGCUGCCGCGUCGACUUCAAAGUGAACGUUUUUGAAUCGAUCGACACCGUAAUCUCGUGGCGCUGAAUCUGCGCGUUAUCGACUAGAGACCCCUUACGACUCCACUCUCACUAUUACUUUUGAACGAAUUUUGUUUUGUUUAUCGAACCGAUAUCAUCAGACUACGCGAGAAAGAUAUAUUUUAUAGUUGUCAUUACUCAUCAAUCGCAGUGUAUACUUGAUACUUUAGUAAAGGUAAAAAUUGAUUUUUUUUUUUUAUUAUCCCGGUAUAAAGUGUAUUGUAAAAUGUUUGUAUACAUA